AUGAAACUAUGGGGAAAGGGGCAUAAAUGGAGUGUGAGGGGUGGAACAGAGGCCAUAAGCAUGAUGGUUUCCCUCAACCAAGGCAGGCAUGGAGGGGUGUAUGAUGGGAGGUGGCGUGUGUGUGAGCAAAUGCAGCGAGAUUCGGCAGCGGUGGCGUGUAUACGAAACAGCGAAUACAUGGGAACUUGGACCAGGUGUGGCUGUAAAGUCGUAAAGAUAGCAAGAGCAGCAAGGCAGAGGCCCUGCCCUGUGGAGGCAUGGUCGCUGGGGAGGCAUGGGAAGACGGAUGUUUCGCUGGGGAGGCUUGGGGGGGCUGUUCUAGAGAGGGAAGAAGGGUCCUUUUCCAAGCAGGGAAGAAAGAUGUCUUAA